AUGUCAGGAAAAGUUGUGGAGUCAGUGGACGCCUGGCCACCCCAAGACCAUCUGGAACAGAUUCCAUCUUGUCACUUCCACAAUUGGGAUGGGAAUCGGAACCUGGACUUUGACCCUCACCGUUACGAUUCGGAGUGGCCCUCACAACUCCAGCUCUUCAGUGCCAACCUGGACUCACAAAAAACAGGUCUUGACAGCAUCCCAGAGAGCAACGUUGCUGAGACGUUCACAUCAUCAUCCCAGCAUUAUCUGAUCUCCAGACCCACAGAUUUCCGGCACAUUGCACCUGGCACUGCUCUGGCCGAGGCAGUUGGAGAGUUCCUCCCCCCUCCAGAAGGUCUGGGCACAGAGAGCUUAUUCAGAGAUGGUGGUGGAUCUCUUGGAGAUGUCCAUCUUUAUGACCACUGCUCCACUGCCUCUUCCGAUUCCUCCAUUGACAUUGCUUUUGUGAAAUGCCCCAAAGCUCCCCCAAUGUCGUACUAUACAGGACCAGCGAACAUGACAACAAAACACGAGGUCGACAGCAACAGCAGGAGCCAAAGAAAUGGUUACAACAGACUACUCAGAGGGUCUCCAGAUGAUGCUCCAUUGAUGCGACGCAGUCAACAUCGCUCACUUCAAGCUAGCCAGUGUGAAAGUAAGGUGAGCUGAAGGAGACGAUUGCUCU